GCCACUCGGGGGUGCAAUGCUCAGGUAGUGUAGAGCAAGUGGCCUCCGCAGGCGUGAUCAGACGAUACGCGGGUUAGGUCCACCGCUUGAGUCCUUAGCACCUCCUGGGGCAUGACUGCCAAGUCUGGAGGCUUAUUUAUCAGAUAGCCAUGAUCAUUCAUCCACUCUAGAAUGGUGAGGAAGGAUCGAAUGUUGUCGACAGUGGUGUUUGUCUUCCUAUUUUCCACCAUGCUGCCAGGUUCGGAAUCGGGUCCACACGAGAAGCUCCUUCUCAACAAUUUGCUGGCUGCUUACAAUGUCCUGGAGAGACCCGUUGCCAACGAGUCAGAACCCUUGGAAGUUAAAUUCGGCCUAACUCUACAGCAAAUUAUUGAUGUGGACGAAAAGAAUCAGAUUCUUACGACAAACGCUUGGUUAAAUUUGGAAUGGAACGACUACAACCUACGAUGGAACGAAUCUGACUAUGGAGGAGUUAAGGACUUGCGGAUCACUCCCAACAAGCUAUGGAAACCUGACGUGCUUAUGUAUAACAGUGCUGAUGAGGGUUUCGACGGGACUUACCAAACUAAUGUUGUGGUCAAACAUAACGGCAGCUGCUUGUAUGUCCCACCCGGUAUCUUCAAGAGCACAUGCAAGAUAGACAUUACGUGGUUCCCAUUUGACGAUCAACAUUGUGACAUGAAGUUUGGUAGCUGGACCUAUGAUGGCAACCAGCUGGAUCUUGUGCUGAACUCUGUGGAUGGAGGCGAUCUAUCUGACUUUAUAACGAACGGCGAAUGGUACUUAAUUGGUAUGCCAGGGAAGAAAAACACCAUUGUUUACCAGUGUUGUCCAGAACCAUACGUGGACGUGACAUUUACUAUCCAGAUAAGAAGACGAACACUGUACUACUUUUUCAACUUGAUCGUGCCAUGUGUACUGAUUUCUUCAAUGGCCCUUCUAGGUUUUACAUUGCCACCGGACUCUGGAGAAAAACUGACACUAGGUGUCACCAUACUUCUUUCAUUGACAGUAUUUCUGAACCUAGUAGCUGAAAAGAUACCAACUACAUCCGAUGCUGUUCCGUUAAUAGGAACAUAUUUCAACUGUAUUAUGUUUAUGGUGGCUUCUUCUGUGGUACUUACAGUUGUGGUACUUAAUUACCAUCAUCGUACCGCUGAUAUUCAUGAGAUGCCUCAAUGGAUCAAAUCAGUCUUCCUACAAUGGCUGCCAUGGCUUUUGGGGAUGAGUCGACCAGGCAAAAAGUUAACCCGUAAAACGAUCAUGAUGAACAGUCGAAUGAAGGAACUGGAAUUGAAAGAGCGAUCUUCAAAGAGUCUUUUGGCGAACGUGUUAGACAUUGACGACGAUUUCAGAAACGUAACAGGUACUACCAGUACUAGCAGUGCUGGAAACAAUUCUAAUUUGAAUCCGAAUCUAGGAGCAGGAUUUAUAAGACAUCCUACGACAAUAGAAGAAGCCAACAUUGCCAGCGGUGGCAGCUUUCAACGAGAUCUCCAGCACAUCCUUCGAGAACUACAGUUCAUUACGAAUAGAAUGAAGAGAGCAGAUGAAGAAGCUGAAGUCAUUAGUGAUUGGAAGUUUGCGGCUAUGGUAGUAGAUAGAUUCUGUCUCAUAAUAUUUACGUUAUUUACAAUCAUCGCUACAGUUGCCGUGCUCUUUUCGGCACCUCACAUCAUUGUCCAAUAGGAUUAGUGAGGCAUUCGGACCAUGGAGACGAAUGCCUAAGAAACAACAUCAACAUCAAUCUAUAGAUUUAAAAUAUAUAUACCUUAGUCAGACAAUGGUAAUGAUGAUGUCUGUGACGAUGAUGGUUUAACUACUUAAUUUAAUCAAGAAUGUAAGAAAAAUUAGCAUAAAGUGAAAAUUUAUUUUGUCGAGCAAGCGGGAAGCCGAUAGUAGAAAAAACUUUGAACGUUUACUGUGAUAAAACAGCAGAUCGUGUCGGCAGUUCGGCACUCUAGCAAUUGUGCAAUUGUGCCUUUUCUGUGGAACAUUCACGAGCACGAGCUGUUUACCAACAACAACUAAAAGGCAGGCACCUAUGUGCACGUUUUGCUACUCCGUACUGCUGUGGGGCCGUGAGACACUUCCAACUCUCAACUACAAUGUGUUUGUACUUCCAUUGAAACAAAACAAUUACAAUUAUGUUUUGUCGUUUCGUUUUAACGACAAUGAACGGACUUGGGGCACACUAGUGUUCUGUCAUCCACUCGCUAUAAUAACACAAGCCGGAGAGUUACGCACUUUUUUGAAACGGUACUUUAUAAAACUUCAAAGAUAAGAAUAUACUAUUUUUACUAUCUGGCUAUCAAAUCAGCAAACUAUUAACCACCUUUUUUUUUGGAAGGUGAAAAUCUUCUGAAGACUUCUGGGAAUGUUUCCCAGGCGUAUUGGAAUCAAUUCGCUACGCCUGACCGUAGCGAGCCGCCUAUCGACUAAACUCACCCCCUCUUUCUCCAACCGGCAAGCCUGGAAACCUGGAACCGACCUUAGCGGGCAUUGCGCUGACUCGCCAGCUAUGCUUGUUACCUCCCAUCGAGCUUAUAUCGCUAGCAUCGAUACGUGUGCUCCAUGACUGCCAUGGCAACCCGGUCCCGCUACCCCACUCACGCAUGCAGUCAGCCGCUGUUCGUAAGGCAACUGACUUAUCUGCAUGGUAAUGGGUGAGGGGGAGCGACAACGUUAUCAUUCCACCCACUAUAAACUGUCAAAAAAUUGCUAGACAGUCAGUGAGAACAACUAAACUGUCAUUCUACACCCCCCAGUAAAUAGCCUAAAUUUUACCGACGUCUAAGUUAUUCUUAAUAGACGAAGAACAUUCAUAAUUUAAAAAUUAGGCAGAGUCAAACAAACUUUAAGAAACUAAAUUUCGAACACAUAUCUAAUUAAAUAAAAGAGGGAUAAAUUCUGGAACUUUCAAAGAUAUAAUAAUACAUGAACUACACUGACCCGCAAAAAUAACCGGACAGUAAUGUACACUUCUCUAAGAAAUUAACGCAAAUUUCCUAAAUAUGUUAUCCGAUUUGGGUGUUUUUGUUAAUUUGUUAUAGCCUUAUUCUUUAAGAAUAUUGCUGUAAUAAUAUUAUUGGUAGACUGGUAAAUUGUCAUUUUAUACCGGAUGUACUUUGUUUUUUCUCGAAGUUGGCAACAGCCUGUGAAAUAUUCUAGCAUUUAUAAAAUACUGAAAUUAAAACCCAACUAUAGCCUCAAGUUUUCUUAACAUUUUGUUUUUUAU